GUCUAUCAAUUGAGUGCGUUCAUGAAAGACAAGUGACUGAAUUAGAGAAAAUAUUUUUAUUCAAUUGCUGCAAUUAUCUUAAUAGCUCAAAGAGAUAAAAUAUUUAUAAUCCAAAUGGAGGUGUUUACAGCGCUUUUGCUUCUAAUUAUAGGAUUUGCUUUAUGGAUGUACAAGAAAUGUUUCAAUUUUUGGAGUGAUUUGGGAGUUCCACAAUUUGAAACUUCAUUUCCGUCAGGAAAUGCUAAAGGAAUCGCUAAAGAUCGUCACAUAAGUGAUUUUCUUGUCGAGUAUUAUGAAAAAACAAAAGCGAUUAAUGCACGUUUUAGUGGAAUUUAUUUGUAUAUACGACCAAUUAUGAUGAUAGCAGAUCUAGAUUUGAUCAAAACAAUUCUUGUGAAAGAUUUCAAUGUUUUUCCAAAUCGGGGAUUCUAUCAUAAUGAAAAGGACGAUCCUAUCAGCGCACAUUUGUUUAACCUUGAAGAUGAUCCGUGGAGGUUAUUGAGACAAAAACUCACGCCAACCUUCACAAGUGGAAAACUUAAAAUGAUGUUUGGAACAAUUUCUGAAGUUGCUGAUAAGCUUUUGCUAGUCAUCGACAAACAAAUUGAAAACACUGGGCAAUUGGAAGUGAAAGAUACUCUUGCGCGAUUUACGACAGAUGUCAUUGGAACAACAGCAUUUGGAAUCGACUGCAAUUCUCUUGAAGAAAAAGACUCAAAAUUCUAUGAAAUGGGCAUGAGAAUUUUCACUCCCACAUCAUCGUUUUUCUCGAGAAUCAUGAGAUCAAAUUUCAAAAAGUUGUCACAAAAAUUCCAUUUUAAAUUGCUAUCCGAAGAUCUUGCAAAUUUCUACAUGGGAAUUACUAAACAAACGAUUGACUAUCGUGAGAAAAAUCCUCAACUUAAUCGACAAGAUUUCAUGAAUAUUCUGGUAGAAUUGAAGAAAGAAAAAGUUGUGACGAUUGAACAAAUUGCUGCUCAAAGUUUUAUUUUCUUUUUGGCUGGAUUUGAGACCAGUUCAAGUACGAUGACUUAUUGUAUGUACGAACUUUCAAUAAACGAGGAAAUUCAAGAGAAAGCGAGACAGUCGGUUUUAGAAGCGAUUAAGAAACAUGGAAAUGAACUGACAUAUGAUGCAGUUGCUGAUAUGGAUUAUCUUGAACAAUGUGUUGAUGAAACUCUUAGAAAGUAUCCAGUUGUCUCUCAACUACAAAGAACAUCAACGAGAGAUUAUAAAAUACCAGGUUCAGAUGUUAUUUUCCCGAAAGGUUCUGCGCUUUGGAUUCCAGUACACGCAAUUCAUCAUGACGCUUCAAUUUACCCAGAACCAGAUAAAUUUAUUCCUGAUCGAUUCACUCAAGAAGAGAAAGCUAAACGACAUCCAUAUGCGUAUUUGCCAUUUGGUGAAGGUCCCAGAAUUUGUAUUGGCAUGAGAUUUGGCAUCGUUGAAACAAAGCUUGGACUUGCAAAACUUUUGCUUAACUAUAAAUUUACUUUGGAUCGUACAAAGACUUCAGUUCCUUUGAAGAUAUCACCUGAAGCAUUUGUUUUGACACCAUCGGAAAGAAUUUUCUUGGACAUUAAAAAAAUCGCUAAAUAAUUAUUUAUUCGCAACUGCAAGUUAAAAGCAAGGUCACUCCAAAUACAUUCCCAAUCAGCUUUUUUUACUAACAAUUAAUAACAUUCACUAUCUGCAGUUAAAAAUCCGAUAUCACUUGCAUCAUCACUCUAUAAUUAUGCAUUUGUUUUUCAAAGGAGAAAUAAUUAGAAAAGUAAAUAAAAUAAUUUAAAUCGAUUUUCAUUUGAACC